UUUCCUGCGGACGAAGUUUGUUGUACACUCCGGGAACCCUCAAAAGUCCUGGAUAUCCUGAUUUUUACCCAAACGACAUGAACUGUGCAUGGACAAUUUCAAGCAUUUACGGAAACCGUAUUCUUCUCCAGUUUUCGAGUUUCUCGCUGGAAUAUGAUUCUGCAUGUGACUAUGAUUAUUUGGAGAUUUAUGACGGCAUGUACUCGUGGUCGAGAAAGCUGGGAAAAUAUUGCGGAAAAUAUUCUCCGGGUCAAUUAAUAUCAUCUGGAUCUAAACUCCAUAUUAUAUUUCACUCGGAUGUUAGCGGACGAAGACAAGGAUUUGUUCUAAACUUCUAUGACACAAAUGCCACCGCCGCUCCUUUUUUGUCGACGCCGUCGACGACAUCUAUACCAGUUUCCUGCGGAAGAAGUUUGUUAUACACCCCAGGAAUACUUAAAAGUCCUGGAUAUCCUUAUUUAUACCCAAACGAUAUUGACUGUGCAUGGACAAUAUCAAGCACUAACGGGAAGCAUAUACGUCUCCAGUUUUUGACUUUCUCGCUGGAAACGAAUUCUGGAUGUGGCUAUGAUUAUUUGGAAGUUUAUGACGGCGUAUCCUCAUCGGCCAGAAAGCUGGGAAAAUACUGUGGAACAUAUUUACCACAAAAAUUGGUAUCAUCUGGAUCUGAACUCCACAUUGUGUUUCACACGGAUGGCAGUGGACGAAGACAAGGCUUUUUUUUAAAUUUCAAUGACACAAAUGAUAACGCUACUCAAGAAUCAUGCGGAAAGCAUCACUUGUAUUCUCCUGGCACACUCAAAAGUCCUGGUUAUCCUAAUUUCUAUCCAAACAAUAUGGACUGCGAAUGGUUAAUUUCUGACACCAAGGGAAAGCCCAUUCUCCUCAAGUUUUUGAAUUUUUCACUAGAGGAUUGCGAAUAUGACUAUUUGGACGUUUAUGACGGCGAUUCCGCUGUUGCUUCAAAAUUGGGUCGAUUUUGCCUUGACCGAAUACCAAGAAUUCUGAUAUCCUCCGGCUCCAACAUUUUCAUCGUUUUUCAUACGGACAGUACUGUGCAGAAAAGUGGAUUUGUUUUAAAAUUUUCAAGCACAUAUGAUAUUUGUGGGAAAAGAAAUCUUCACCCUCCUGGUACACUUCAAAGCCCUUUCUAUCCCUCCCUUUACCCGGACAACAUAGACUGCAGCUGGAUCGUUUCUACCACCAAAGGAGAAAACAUUCUCCUGAAAUUUUCGCUUUUCUCGCUGGAAAGUCGUUACAUGUGUGAAUAUGACUAUUUGGAUGUUUUUGACGGUGACUCAGCGAAUGCAACAAGACUUGGGCGCUUUUGUGGAGAAGAAUUACCAAGAAAUCUGGUAUCAUCUAGUUCAAAAUUACUGAUCGUAUUUCACACUGAUCGAAAUGAACAGGGUUAUGGUUUUUCUUUGAAGUAUUCAACCACAAAAGGUAUAUGCGGGGAAAUCACUUGCAUUCUCCAGCUAAACUUGAAAGUCCUCUUUAUCCCUCUGUAUACCCCAAUAACAUUGACUGCAACUGGAUUGUAUCUACCAGCAAUGGAAAAAUUAAGCUUCAGUUUUCUUUUUUUUCGCAUAGCGUUCAAGAUAGAAAAUUAUUUGAGUUGUUCUCAUGAUUAUUUGGACGUAUAUGAUGGUGAUUCUGCGCAUGCAGUAAGACUGGGGCGAUAUUGUGGUAACAAAUUACCAAUAAAUCUGGUAUCAUCUGGAUCUAAAGUCUUCAUCGCUUUCCACACGGAUGGUAGUCAGAGAAGAAAGGGGUUUGUUUUGAAAUUCUUGGACACCUUUGGUUCUUGCGGUAGAAGACACCUGAAGUCUCCUGGUGAACUAAGAAGUCCUCGCUAUCCCUCUCCAUACGCCAACAACAUUGACUGCAACUGGAUUGUUUCCAGCAGAAAUGGGGGAAAAAUUCUUUUGCAGUUCUUAUUCUUCUCGACGGAAAGUGACUGGUAUUGUAGAUAUGAUUAUUUGGACGUUUACGAUGGCAACUCUGCGCAAGGAACGAAAUUGGGGCGAUAUUGUGGAAACAAAUUGCCAAGAAACUUGACAUCAUCUGGAUCUGAAUUAUUGAUCGUAUUUCACACGGACGGUACUCAGCAAAGAAAUGGAUUUAUUUUGAACUAUUCAGAAAAAUUCAAAGAGCCUAAAAAUGGAACCAAAUGGUAUAUAUUUGUAAUAAUUGCGGUGGCUGCAAUUAUCUUUGGUGCAUCAAUUGCAUAUCUUGCGGUGUGUUCUCGUCGGCGAUGGCUAAACCGAAAAUCUGAAUCAGAUCAGAACGAUUUAGUACCUUCACAUGACAAUCCACUGUACGAGCUAGAUGCAAGAAACCUUGAAGAAAAUCAUCACGAGUCAGGGAGAGCGCCAGGUGGCGAGGAUAACUUUAUUUAUAAUGAUAUUUAGAAUAAUUUAAUACUGUAAGUGCAUGAUCAUUGACGGGUUUUUAUAAGUAUAGACUAAUAUUAACACUAAUAGAAUAAGGAAAAGUAAGUUUCCGCGGAUGCACCAUUGCAAGUGUUUCCGAGAUUAAUAUAAAAUAAAAUAGCAUUUGAUAAUAAAAGUAGCAUAUCCUCG